AUGGCGACCGAUCUCAAAUCUCCACCGGCGACUUUUAAAUCCAAAAUAUGGAAGCAUUUUGGAUUUAGACAGGAAGAUAAAGAUGGUAAGGUAGUAACAGAGUUUACAACUUGUCGCCACUGUGAUAUGAAUGUAUCUUAUAAAUGUGGGAACACAACAAAUAUGGCGACGCACUUGAAACGCCAUCACAAGGAUAUCUACGAAAGUCUUUCUCAUGAGUUAUCACGAAAGAAAGAGAAAACAACAACACAGGAAUCGAGUAACACUAGCUGUACUACUGGUCAACUACGCCUUCAAGAUGUAUUACACAAAAGAAUGACAUUUUCUUCACCAAGGGCCGUGGCGAUAACAAAGUCCAUCGGACAAUUCAUUGCAGUAGACAUGAGACCUUUCAGCGUUGUUGAAACUUCGGGAUUUAAGCACAUGAUAAAUACACUUGAACCAAAAUAUUCCAUCCCAUCGAGAGCCCAUUUCAGCGAAAAAAUCAUUCCUGAAAUAUAUAGUGAAAGUGUCAAUAGAGUAAAGAAUGAACUUAGUCAGGCUGACUUUAUCGCUUUGACCACAGAUGGAUGGACAUCUAAGGCCACACAGAGUUACAACACUACAAGGCCGUUAUUUGAGUCUCAUACAGCUGAAAACUUGGCAGAUGUGUUACAGGAAACUGUGAAGGAGUGGAAAUUAAAAAGGACAGUAAAAGUUGAAGAAGUUCUUUCAGACAAAAGGAUUGCUGUUGCCACAGACAAUGCUUCAAAUAUUGUUAAAGGUGUAAAUCUAGCUGGUUUUGAACCACACAUUAGAUGUUUCGCCCACUGCUUAAAUUUGGCAGCCCAUAAAGCUAUGCAGAUAAACUCUGUUUCUCGACUUUUGGGUAGAAUGAGACGAAUAGUCACAUUUUUCCACUCAAGUUCCACAGCUACAAAGAAACUUAAAGAUAAACAGAAAGCAUUGAACCUUCCAGCAAAAAGACUUGUCCAAGAUGUGAAGACCAGAUGGAAUUCCAGUUUUGAUAUGAUGAGUACUUUUCUGGAACAGCAGCCAGCUGUAUAUGCAACAUUAACGGAGAAAGACAUUAAAAAGAACCUUAAAGAAGUUGUAACCCUAUCUGACACGGACAUUUCUCUAGCUGAGGAGUUGGUAGAUGUGUUGAAGCCCUUGAAAACCAUAACCACCAUCAUGUGUGAGGAAAAAUCACCCACUAUAUCUCUAGUUCACCUGAUGAAGGAACGACUGCUAAGGCAACUGAGAGAAAAUGAGUCUGAUUCAGGUCUUGCUGCCCAUGUAAAAACAGAAAUACGUAAUGACAUCGAGUCAAGAUAUUCUGAUCCAGACAUCAUCAGAUGGCUUGAGAUGUGCUGUGCCCUGGAUCCCAGAUUCAAGACCCUGCCCUAUCACGACCAGGUCGAAGCCAAUCGAGUCUAUGGCAAUCUUGUAGACAUGAUGACAGAAUCAGAAGAAGAGGUAUUUUUGCAUGAUUUAAUAGUUGAAUAUCUGUUGAAUUUAGCAAAUUAA